UUCACUGUUCGCAUCGCUGCAAGAACACACACACGAAAAUGUCGAAUAAACAAAUGCACUUGUGGUGGGGCUCUGGUUCAGCACCAUGUUGGAAACCAAUGCUUGUGUUAGCGGAGAAGGGGCUCUGGGAGGGAUUACCAAAUACAAAGAUAGAGUUCUCGAAGAAGGAGCAUAAACAGGGUGACGUUUUGAAGUAUAAUCCACGAGGCCAGGUGCCAACAUUCAAAGACGGUGAUCUUGUUGUGAACGAAUCGGGUGCGAUAUGCAUGUACCUAGAGGAAAAAUACAGCAAGGACUCGAACAAACUAUUACCAGCGGAUGUCAAUAAGCGAGCUGAAGUGUAUCAGAGGAUGUUCGAAUCCCCGAAUCUGCAAACGAACGUGACAGAGAAGCUUGUCUAUUACCGCUGGAUGAACAAGGAAGAGGAAUGGGAUAAGAAAUACCUUGAAGAGCACACCGAAAAGGCGAAGGAAGAAUUAAGCCGAUGGAACACAAUUUUAGGUGAUAAUGAUUACUUGUGUGGCAAGGAAUUUACGAUGGCGGACGUUUUUGUCUAUCCUGUGUUGGCGUUCUUAAUUAGAUCCGGUGCCAAGCUGCCCAAUCAACCGGCUCUAAUGCAGUACUACAAAAGGGUUACACAACGACCAUCUGUCCAAGCCACGUGGCCACCCCACUGGAAAGAAGGAGAGGGAAAGCCAAUCCUUAGCGAUUUAUAAACUUUUAAGUUGAUGACAAUUUUGGAAAUAAAUUAAAAAUUUGAAUAAACGGUCUAGACAGUUUAGAAAGAAGAGAAAACUUAAAACUGUAUUUUCUUUGUGCUUUUGAUGAAUAAUCUUUAUGAUAUCUAUAUAUUAACGGAUAACAUUUUCCUCUACUAAAGCAGGUUUCUUUUUUUGAUAUAAACUUUUUUUCCAGAAAUAAAAUAAUAAUAAAAUUUCA